UAACACCAUGACCGUGUGGUCGGUCCGUGUGGCGUUCGUGGCAUCCCAUGGUUCUGGUGAUUCGCGGAUUCUACCCUAAGCUGUAGGUCCAACUCCAGUAUCCGCAGAUUGGUACCCUGGACACUAUAGGGUCGCAUAUGUAAGAAUAGUCAACGAGGAUCUCUUGUCCACACAACCAUAUCUACUACAUACGCAUUAUAUUGGACUACUCCAGAACAAGAAUUAUUCACUGCUAUUAUCACAGUUCAAGUCUUGCUUUUAAGAUACACGCUUUGAAAUUUCUUUCAAUCAUGGUUCCAAAUUUUGUGACCACUGGAAAUUCAAUCCUAGAUGAUAAAAUUAAUGAAUGGCUAAACUGGAACAAAAAUAAAGAAGCAGAAAAAGAAAUUCAACAACUGAUUGAUGAUGUUGAUAUCAAAACUCUCAAUAACUUAUUUCUUAAAAGACUUGAAUUUGGUACAGCUGGUCUUCGAGGACAAAUGCGCCCAGGAUAUAAUGGAAUGAAUGAUUUGGUGAUUGUACAAACAGGGCAAGGUUUAGCCAAAUAUCUAUUGAAAACUAUCCCAAAUGUCAGAGCAAAGGGUGUAGUAAUAGGAUAUGAUGGUCGUUACAACAGCAAAAGGUUUGCAGAGUUGACUGCAACUAUCUUUUUGAAUAAUAAAAUCAAAGUAUACAUGUAUUCUCAAAUCUGUCCUACGCCUUUUAUUCCAUAUGGUGUGCUUAAAUAUAAAUGUGCUGCUGGUAUUAUGAUAACUGCAUCGCAUAACCCAAAAGAAGAUAACGGUUACAAAGUUUAUUGGGAGAAUGGGUCACAAAUAAUUUCGCCUCAUGACAAAGAAAUUCAAAAAAAUAUAUUAGAAAACCUUAAACCACUAGCAGAAUCGUGGGAUACUUUUCUUGUAUACAACAAUCUCUUAUUCAAAGACCCAUUGCCAGAAGUUAUGGUAUCUUACUUUGAGGAUCUGAAAAAUGAUGUUUUGUAUCCAGAAAUUAACAAAAAUACUGCUAUCAAAUUUGUAUAUACACCUGUACAUGGUGUUGGUUACAAUUACAUGGUUGAAGCAUUUAAAGUUGCUAAUUUCAAGGCUUUUAUAGCAGUUGAAGAACAGAAGGAUCCUGAUCCAGAAUUUUCCACGGUUAAAUUUCCUAAUCCUGAAGAGCCCAGUGCAUUGGAACUGAGCAUUGCAACAGCAAAGAAGAGUGGCUCUACUAUUAUCAUAGCUAAUGAUCCAGAUGCAGAUAGACUUGCGUGUGCAGUAAAAAAGAAAGAUGGCGAGUGGUAUAUAUUUUCUGGAAAUGAGUUAGGAGCAUUAUUAGGCUGGUGGAUGUUGCAGACACAUAAAGUUAGGUUUCCUGAUGUCAAUUUAGCUGACACUUAUAUGUUGGCAUCUACCGUGUCCAGUAAAAUACUUGCUUCGAUGGCGAAAAAAGAGGGCUUCAAGUUUGAGGAAACGUUAACCGGUUUCAAAUGGAUGGGGAACGUAGCAUCCGAUUUGAUAAAAUCUGGAAAGACUGUACUUUUUGCUUACGAAGAAGCUAUCGGCUUCAUGUGCGGUUCAAAUGUCUUGGAUAAGGAUGGCGUGAGUGCAGGUACUCGCGUUGCUGAAAUGGCAGCUUAUCUCAACAGUAUGGGACUUAGCCUUAUUGAAAAAUUAGAUGAAAUAUACUGCGAGUAUGGACACCAUAUAAGUGACAAUUCUUAUUGGAUAUGUCACGAGAAAGAGACAAUCAAAGCAAUUUUCAACCGAUUGAGAACCUACAACGGUAAAGAAAGCUCGUACCCGAAUGGUAUUCUCGGAACAAGAUAUCCUAUCACGAGUGUCAGAGAUUUAACCACAGGAUACGACAAUACCAAGCCUGCAAAUAAAGCAGUUCUGCCAGUAUCCAAGACCAACGAAAUGAUUACUUUUACCUUUAAAAAUGGAUUAGUAUGUACACUCCGAACUAGCGGAACAGAACCGAAAAUCAAGUACUAUAAUGAACUUUGCACGCCGCCUGAUCAAAAAGAUUUGAAGCAACUCCAGAAUACCCUUAAUGAAAUGGUAACAGCUAUUGUAGAAGAGUUUUUACAACCAGAAGCAAAUAAAUUGAUCGCUCGUAGUUCGUAAUUGAUGCGCGUGUUCCUCAGAGUUCCUAUUGGCCCA